AUGGGAUUCUACAGCGAACUUACACCCCGUCUCGCCCUCGUCUCCUUCCUGGGGUCAUUGGGCGCCCUCUCCUUCGGCUAUGACAACGGAUGGUGGGGCAUCAUUCUGGGCGCACCCUACUUUAACGACCAGUUCGGGCACACAGUCACAACCGGCCCCGAUGGCAGCACCAAGAUCAGUCUUUCGUCAACCGAGCAGAGCUGCGGCUCGGGAUUGGGCACUGCCGGAAUCAUGCUCGGUUGUAUGAUCGCACCGUACAUCAACAACAGAUGGGGCCGUAAAAUGUCGUUCAUGGUCCUCGCCAUCAUCGGCAUCGUCGGCGCGCUUGUCCAGUCGCUGUCGACCAUCGGGCGCCAGAUCUGGGUUCUUAUCGUUGGUAAAGUGAUCCUGAACAUGUCCGUGGGCAUCGCCUCCGCCACCGUCGGUGUCUACUUGUCCGAGUGCGCCCCGUCAUCGCUCCGCGGUGUCCUCAUGUCAAACUACAACAUUGUGCAGAACGUCGGCUACGUUGUGGCUGCCGCCACCGUCUUCGGAGUCGUGCUCAAGACGUCGAUCAUAAACUGGAUGCUGCCGAUCGGUCUCCAGUUUGUGCUGCCCAUCGCCAUCCUCGUUAGUGGCCCAUUCCUCCCCGAGUCCCCGCGAUGGCUCGUGUCCAAGGGCCGCAUUGACGAGGCUGUCAAGGUGCUCCGCAGCCUGCGCGUCGCGCUCCCAGGCGAGGACCUCGAGGCCAAAGUAUGGGCCGAAGUUGAGGAGAUCAAGGCCGCGUUCGAGGAAAUGAAGGCGUUACAUGAAGGGGUUGGCGUCCUUGAGCUCUUCCGAGGCGCCAACCUCCGCCGCACAGCCAUUGCCGUCGGUCUUCAAUGUCUGCAGCAAGCCCAGGGUGUCGGCUUUGUGGCCAACUAUACCACCGUGUUGCUCCUCAGCCUCGGCAUCUCCAACGUAUACGUGAUCGUGCUUGUCCUCUACGUCGUCCUCCUCGUGACCUCCCUCGGCGCAUUCUACCUCCCUGACAAGCUCGGCCGCCGCACAUUGCUUCUCGUAGGCUCGGCAUCUGGAGCCGUGUGGAUGGGAAUCAUCGGUGCCGUCUCGACUGUUUACAAGACACCCACUGGCGGCGCAGCAAAUCUCCUGGUGGCGUCGCUUUUCCUCUGGAUCUCCUUCUUUUCCAACACGUGGUCGCCAAUGCCGUGGACUGUCGCAGCUGAAAUCUCUUCAGGACCCCUGCGUGAGAUGACGCUCGCGCUCGCAUCAUUUUCCGGCUUUGGUGUCGGCCUCAUCGUCACCUUUGUCUCGCCCUUCAUUCAGGAAACGGCCGGACUCGGAGGCAAGAUUGCGUUCAUCUGGAUGGGAUUCUCAGUUGUGUCUGGUGUUUACGCCUUUUUCCUCGUUCCCGAGCUUAAGGGGCGGUCGCUCGAGGAGCUCGACUACAUGUUCGAGGCGCGCAUCCCAACGCGCAAGUUUAACAAGUUUGACUCGGCUGUGAUGAUGGAGGAGAAGCGGAGGGAGCACGUAAAGGCUGAGUUUGAGGAAGAGAAGCAGGAGACCGAGCUUGUAGAGAAGGUGUAA